AUGGGAGAUAAUUGGGAUGACGAUGAUUUUGAGCCGGAGGUUUCGACCCUCGUUAGGCCAACCGAACCCGAACCUAUUGUUGUUAAACCGGUUGAUCUAAAAGAGAAGCCGAAAGCUGCUGUCCCACCAAAGAAGGCUCCUGCAUUUGCCAUGGAGAGCCUUGGACGCGAACUGACGGCCGCUGAGAAGGAAGCGAUUCAGAAAAAGAACGAUUUGAAAUUGGCAAAAGAAAUGUUUGGUGAUGAUGGAGCUGAUGAUGAUGCUUCGUAUGCUAAUAUUUCAACGAAAGACGAAUUUGAAUACUGGGGAGAACGCGUUGGAGGAUUCUUGGCCACCAGAAAUAAGGCUACCCAUUAUGGAGAUAUGGUUGGAAAGUUGCUGAUAGCUAUUACUGAGAAUCUUACAACCGCUGAUAUACAGAAAAUGAGCAAUUUGUUGAAACAAAUUUCGGAUUCUAAAAAGGCGUCGGCGAAAAAAGAUAAGUCUAAGCCGGCUGCUGUUGCCGCCACAACCAGCACUAAAAAGGGGCAAAAGGCUUCAUUGAAGGUCACAAAAGGAAGUGACAACUUGUAUGAUGACUACGGCGAUGAUGAAUAUGAUGAUUAUGACGAUUUCAUAGCGACGCCGUCGGACAAUUCUGAUGAUACUGAUAUGUAUGAAGAUGGAAAAAUUCAAAUAUUGAGAUGUACAGAAGAUGAUAUUGCGUUACGAAUCUCUGCCGAACGUUCACGAGUUCCAUUUGAUCGAAUUACGGAACAUGAACUCUCGGCUUUUCCCGAGCUCUGGGGUUCGCGAGCAGGAAUUCAAGUAUUCCUUCACAUUCGAAACACAGCGCUUCGUUUAUGGCUUUCCAACCCAAUUGAAGAACUCACAAUAUGCGAUUUAAGAGGAGAAAUUCAGCCGCCAUUUAACUCUGACCCACGCUUUAUCGAAAAUGUUCAUCACUAUCUAACAAGAAAUGGGAUUAUCAAUGUUGGAAAAUACAAGCGAAGCACUGGAAUACCUCAAGUUCUAGGCAAACCGGACAAGAAAGUGAUUGUGAUUGGAGCCGGAAUCUCGGGAAUCUCUGCGGCUCUUCAAUUGAUUUCUUUCGGAUUCGAUGUCACUAUUGUCGAAGCAAGGAACCGAAUUGGUGGGCGAGUUCACUCAAUUGUUCAAGAUGGCGAGGUCAUGGAAGUCGGUGGCGACACAAUAAAGAAUUCAAGAUCGAAUGCUCUGACUGUUCUCAUUCAACAGCUUAAUGUUGAGCCAUUGGCUGUUAGUGACAAAAUUCCCAUUUAUGAUAAAGGAAAAUUAGUGGAAGAUACGAGAGAUCGCUUGAUAGCGAAUAUGUAUUGCUCGUCGCGAGAAGCGUUGGAUGUGAUUUGUCAUAAUAAACCGCAAAAAGAAGGGCCAAUAUACAUUUCAAGGCAAAGGGGUUUUGAGAAUAUGUUGAAUCUUGUUGAAAGAGACACGCUGGUUAGUAAUUUCAAUUAUUGGAAAACAAAUGUCGAAUUAUCCGAAAAACGCGAACACUUUUACAAAGAGAUGAAAAAUUGCCGAGAAAUCGCCCUUCUUGCUGAGAGACAAUUGAAUGAGGUUGAUCCGAAUGAUCAUUUGUUGAAAAGGUCCAUGAAGCGCGAUCUGAAUAUGGCGAUUAUGAAAUUUGAAUCCGCUUAUAAGGAAUAUGAGAGCUAUGAGAGAUGCAUAUUGAAUUAUAAGAAGUUUCCGAACAGCAAACAAUACAUGCAUCCGUAUGAUUAUCGUAUUUAUAAUGCAUUCCUUGGAUUCGAGGAGAUUUCGAUUGGCGCGCCUUUAGAGAAAGUCCAGUUGUCGUGUAAUGCGAUUAAGGACCGCCUUCCUGGAGCUAAUAUACGAUUGAAAGGAGGAAUCUCGAACAUGUUUGAGCAACUCAUUCAAGAAAGGGACAUGGAUAUUCGAUUUGAGCAUCGUGUCCGAAAAAUUGAUUAUAAUGAUGAUGUGAAGAUUACUGUAGAGCAUCCGGUGACAAAGCCCGAUGGCUCCAUUGUCAUGGAGACUGAGGAGCUCGAAGCCAAGUAUUGUGUGUGCACCUUGCCGAUUGGAGUCCUUAAAAGAGUUUUGACCAAUGAUCCCGAAACUCCUGUGUUUGAUCCAUUGUUGGAUUGUCUUCAUUGUCAAUCAAUUUGCAAUAUGGGCAAUGGAUGUGUUAAUAAGGUUGUUAUGCUUUUCGAGCGAGCAUUUUGGGAGUCGAAUGAUAGGCACACGUUUUUCAAUGUUCCUGCAUCUAUAAGUGGACGCGGCGAAUUUGUGUAUUUUGAAGCAGUUCCCGAAUCGCGAGUUUUGACUACUUAUUUAGCUGGAUUCUCGGCGGAAUCCGAUUUGCUUGAAACCGCAAUUGUUUCCAAAAUUAUGACCAUUUUGAGCACAAUUUUUGCGCAAAGUUGCCCAAAAAAUCCAUUGAAAGUCCAUAUCACGAAAUAUCAAAGCGAUGUUUUCUCGUAUGGAACUGGUUCGUUUAUGGGGCUCAAAACUGAAGAAGAUGAUUAUGAGAAUUUGACGAAACCAUUGGAAAACAAUCAUGACGAAAAUAGAGUAUAUUUUGCCGGAGAGCACACAUCAUUCCAAUAUGGCGGAACAAUGCAGGGUGCGUGGCUUUCUGGACUUCGCGCCGCCAGUCAGAUUGCCAGUGAUGUAUAUGGAAUCAAUCACGCCAAUUAUGGGGAGGAUGUCGAGUUCAUUUCCCCGCAAGAAUCUCACGAUGUCUCAAUGGAAAACGGAGUUACUGCAUAA